UAUAGUGUACAAUAAUAAUGGGCCAAUUGGGCAAGUUGCAAGAAGGUUGAGAAUAUAUAAUUCUAGUUUCUGUUGAUACCGUACAACAGAAAGCACAAGCAAUUAAGAAAGAAAAAAAUAAAGUAACAGCAGACAAUGCAGGCAUACAGAGCCAUUUUAUCGGGUGCAAAUUAUGGCAUUGAUAUUGUCAAAUCACCAGCAAACUCAUAUUCUGAAUCAGAUCCAAAGCAAAAACAAAAGAGAAAAAUAUAAAUAAAAAAAUCAUCAAAUUGUCAACAAUAGCUAUGUCUUCAAUCACAAUCACCAGCCCCAAAGCAUUGACCAAGAUUAACCAUCCCGCAAAGUAUUUAAGGGAACCACGUAGAGCCCAUGUUCUUCGUAUUACCAGACUUGGAAUGUGUACAUUCGAAAAAGAUAAUGCCAUAAAACCCACUUGUUAGAUUAGUUUAAAGGGGUGUGAGCUAUAUAUAUCAGCAUUUCAUUCCCAUUGAAUAGGGAAAAAAGAAGCCAUGGAUUUCUUAGGCAACAAAAAGACACUGAUCAUUGUGCUACUCUUUGUAUCUGCUGCUGUUCUAGCACAGAGUAAGGGAACUUCAGAUAUCAAAGUUUGCUACGGCCGGAAAAGCCGCUGCUUUCUCAAGCAGAUACCCUGCCCAAAGGAAUGUCCAUUUGCUUCACCAACAGACAAGAACGCUAAAAUUUGCUACCUCAACUGUGACUCGCCCAUAUGCAAAGCUGAGUGCAAAAAGCGCAAGCCUAAUUGCGAUGGCCCUGGAUCAGCAUGCAUGGACCCUCGCUUCAUUGGUGGAGAUGGCAUUGUCUUUUACUUCCACGGCAAGAAAAAUGAGUACUUCAGCUUAGUUUCUGAUCCCAACCUCCAAAUCAAUGCCCGGUUCAUUGGUCUCCGCCCUGAAGGACGAACCAGGGACUAUACUUGGAUUCAGGCCCUCGGACUCCUUUUUGACUCUAACAGCUUCUCCCUUGAGGCCACCAAAGCAUCAGCAUGGGAUGAUGAAAUUGACCUCUUGACAUUCACUUACAAUGGAGAGGAGCUAGUCAUCCCAGAAUCCCAUCUCUCUGUGUGGCAAUCUCCAGGCAAUGUCAUUAGAGUGGAGCGAACAUCAAGCAAGAACAGUGUCUUAAUCACUCUCCCAGAAGUUGCUGAGAUUUCAGUAAAUGUGGUGCCUGUGACAAAGGAAGAUGACAGGAUCCACAAUUAUCAGAUACCAUCAGAUGACUGUUUUGCUCACCUGGAAGUACAGUUCAGAUUCUAUGGCCUAUCCUCAAAUGUUGAAGGAGUGCUUGGAAGGACUUACCAGCCAGAUUUCAAGAACCCAGCAAAGCCUGGAGUAGCUAUGCCAGUGGUUGGUGGUGAACAAAAGUACAGAACAACAUCACUUGUCUCAGCAGAUUGCAUUGCUUGUGUGUUCGCUCAAUCUGGGAAGCUGGACCAAACAGAUUCAAGGGUGAUGGAUUACGGAAAGCUCGAUUGUACUGGUAAUUCCUUCGGCGGAAAUGGAAUAGUUUGCAGGAAAUAACUGCUAUUGUCACAUUCUCAAGGAAUAAGUGAAGGUUUCAACUUCUCAGAUGAUAAUUAAAGUUGUGUGGUCAAGAGGUGCUUAUUGAUGAUUUCAUAUAAUAGUCAAGAUUUAAUUAAGUGUUUCUCUUGUGUGUACUGUUAAUUUCUACAAUUUGUUUUUUCAGUAAGUUUGGCUGAGCCUUUUAUGUUAAAUUUUUGCAUUCCCCAAAUAAAUGAAAGUGUGCAGUUGAUGAAGAAA